GGUCCUUCCGAGAGUGUAAGAUGUGACAAUGAACGAUUACCUCCUUCACAGAGGGCUACUGUCGUUCAGCGUCCUCACCGAAGUAUAAAGGCGUUGGCUGGGACUACUGGUACUAGUACUCUCUUCCUCGCAUUUGUAAAGUUCACACUUCGUUUCUGGAUAGGCGAAUCGACUGGGAGAUUUUGGUACUUUGAUUUUUUCCACUCGCUAGUCUUUGAAAUAAUAAGACAGUAUAAUUAUCUCCCUCUUUUUUGAGCGCACUAAAGCACAACUAACUAAGUUACUUCAAUACGCAGAGCGCUGGUCGUUAUUCUCGACCGGUCCACAUAGAAAACUGCACUGAGUUUUUCGAGAUUCGUGCACGCGUGUGCAGGUACGUGAUUUCCGCUGCUGCUGCUGCUGUUGGAUCAGUGUCCUUGGUCAAGAAUGGAGAGUUCUGGAACGUUCCUGCUGGUGCUGGUUAUGUUCGCUGUUAACGCCCAAGCUCAAGAUAUGCAGGUUACUCCCGAUCCACUCGUCAUUGUUGGUGGAGGUUCCCAUGAGCUAACAUGCGAGGACAGCAGCGGGAAUCCUAGUGUCCAGGAUGUGACCUGGCAGUUCACGUUCCCAGUAGGCGCACCUUCUGCAUUGAGUUACCAGCCUAGGGGCCAGUAUAACGAGACGAUGGUCUUGAACAUCAACGAGAACCUUUAUACUCGCUUUCAGACACUUGAGGCGUCCUUCUUUCUGGACUGCUACGUGGGUAGUCCACCGGCGACGUUUCCCACUGUAUAUUCUUCCAGCAUCGACCUGUAUAAUGACGUGUGUCAGGAUCCGGCGUACUGCGCUACCACCACUCAAUAUCCGCAGGGGUCGACGAACUGCACGAGCAACAGUUCUGGUGGCUUGGUAACAUUCGACUGUACGUGUUCGCCUGGCGAUGCGGGCGCUCCUUGCAGGGAGUUGCGCGACUGUAGGGAGAGGGCAGCAACACCUGCGGAUGCGGACAGGGACUGCAGUCCUACAUUCAUCACUGUUCUUAGGAUGACGAUACCGCAGAACAACAUCAUCAACGGCUCCACCAUCAAUGUCACUUGUUCCAGCGACAUCCCAUUCACAGCACGGGUCAAUUGGACCGUCAUCCCAGCGCAUGCCAUGGAGGCCUUGUCGUUCUCCGGACCAAUGGGCACCACGCUCACUAUCUCUCCCAUCACGGCCGACGUCGCCAGAGAUACGAUUUUGCGCCCCGUGUCUGUGAUUUGCAGGGCUGGCGUUACGGGCAGAUUAGGACCAGGACUUGGCAGUGCUACGCUACCUGUUUGGUACGACGUUUGUGCUGAUGCUGAUGUGUGCACGCGAAACUUCGGCAUCCCACCGGGCACCUCCGACUGUGUAUUCCCGACCACUGGCCGUCCGCGUUGUGUUUGUCGUCCUGGCGACGCCAGUCGAGUCUGCAGGAUAGUGGACGGCUGCGUUACUACGGGUGCUAAUGCUACUGGCGCAGUAGAAGUGGACAUCCUUCGGUGUGUGAAUAGCAUGGGAUGCAUGCACAACAACGCCACCGGUGUGGUCGAGUGUAGCGGAUCGGGCAGUAACGCUGUCGUGCCAAGCCUCAUCGCGUUGCUAAUAGUGAUGGUCGGCAUGGUGAUCGGCGGACUCCACAUCUAGCGUGCAUCUAUUCUAGGGUCUCAUUGUGUAAACAUGGUACAAUGCUGCAUUUUCGUAACUGACCAAUCCACAUCACCCUCACAUAAUUAUAACAGCAUCACUUUAGAUUGUCAGCAAAUUGUCAAGCAUUCUCUUUGUGUGUUUUUCUGACAAUCUUAAACCAAGUCAUUUUUGUAUCCGAACAGUGUAACGGUAAUAAAGUUUGCACCUCAUCUUGUGUCAUCAAAUAUUGUUAUAAUAACUGUCAGCAUUU